AUGCCUGAAAAAGUUUACAAAGAUAAUGAAGAGAAAAUAUCCCUUGGGAGUAAAAGCACGAGGCCCCCCAAGGAUCCUCCAACGUACGAAGAGGUGAUGAGAAAUGAUGGCCAGGAACAAAAUUCAAACAAUUUUGGUGAUGCACACGGUCAAGUACCGAUCCAACGACCAACUUACGUUCACUACCCUCAUCCAAACAGCAGGAGUGCUUUUCCCGGCGGAAAGAAGUUGACUUACGGUUCUUCAACUGCCAAAAACUUUCAAAAAUGA